CUCUCUCUCUCUCUCUCUCUCUCUCUUUCUUCCUCACCCACCCCCUUUCUCUCCGUCUCCCUCGUCCCUUAACUUACACCUCCAGUCUGCUUCUGUUGUCUCGGCGGAUUGUUGGGGCUUGUGGGGGAAGAAGAGAAAGGAUAUCGCGAGUAUUGGAGUUUUGGUGAGAGUUUGUGGAAGAUGGCGCCUGUUGUGACAGGGAAGUUCAGGGAGCGCCCUCAGCCACAGCGCCUAACAAGAGAAGCGAUGAGGAAUUACCUGAAGGAGCGAGGCGACCAAACUGUCAUGAUCCUGCAUGCAAAAGUUGCACAGAAAUCCUAUGGCAAUGAGAAAAGGUUCUUCUGCCCCCCUCCCUGCGUGUACCUGAUGGGCAGCGGCUGGAAGAAAAAGAAGGAACAGAUGGAGCGGGACGGCUGCUCCGAGCAGGAGUCGCAGCCUUGUGCCUUCAUCGGCAUCGGCAACAGCGACCAAGAAAUGCAACAGCUUAACUUAGAGGGAAAGAAUUAUUGCACAGCCAAAACCUUGUACAUAUCCGACUCCGACAAGAGAAAGCACUUCAUGUUGUCCGUCAAGAUGUUCUACGGCAACAGCGCUGACAUCGGUGUCUUCCUCAGCAAGAGGAUCAAAGUCAUCUCCAAGCCCUCCAAAAAGAAGCAGUCGCUCAAAAACGCUGACUUGUGCAUCGCAUCAGGGACCAAGGUGGCACUGUUCAACCGGCUGCGGUCCCAAACAGUCAGCACACGCUAUCUACACGUGGAGGGCGGCAAUUUUCACGCCAGUUCCCAGCAGUGGGGCGCCUUCUAUAUCCAUCUGUUGGAUGACGAGGAGUCAGAAGGAGAAGAGUUCACUGUGAGAGACGGUUACAUCCACUACGGCCAGACAGUCAAGCUGGUUUGCUCCGUCACCGGCAUGGCUCUGCCCAGACUGAUCAUCCGUAAAGUGGACAAGCAGACGGCGCUGCUGGACGCCGACGACCCCGUCUCCCAGCUCCACAAGUGUGCCUUCUACCUGAAGGACACAGAGCGCAUGUACCUGUGCCUUUCCCAAGAAAGGAUCAUCCAGUUUCAAGCCACUCCAUGCCCAAAGGAACCAAACAAGGAGAUGAUCAACGACGGCGCCUCCUGGACAAUCAUCAGCACAGACAAGGCCGAAUACACUUUCUACGAGGGCAUGGGCCCUGUCCACUCGCCUGUCACACCCGUGCCUGUGGUAGAGAGCUUACAGCUAAAUGGCGGUGGGGACGUCGCCAUGCUGGAGCUGACAGGACAGAACUUCACUCCAAAUCUGCGGGUCUGGUUCGGAGAUGUUGAGGCUGAGACCAUGUACAGGUGUGCGGAGAGCAUGCUGUGCGUGGUGCCCGACAUCUCGGCCUUCCGCGAGGGCUGGCGUUGGGUGCGGCAGCCCGUCCAGGUGCCCGUCACGCUGGUGAGGAACGACGGCAUCAUCUACUCCACCACACUGACCUUCACCUACACGCCGGAGCCUGGGCCGCGGCCACACUGCAGCGCCGCCGGGGCCAUCCUGCGGGCCGGCAACUCCAGCCUGCUGAGCAGCAACAGCCAGGAGGCCGGCUCCGGCGUCUACGGCCCCAACAGCACCUCCAACGCAGGAGUCACAUCCUCAUCCUCCACCGCCGCAGCUGUGGUCUCCUAACGCACACAGGGGGCCACGAUACAAUAUGCCUUGAGAGCAAAUAUACCAUAAGGUAUAUAAAGACUAUGGGAAAUAAUAAAACUGACUCACUCUAAAGUGCUGCGUAUUAAUUUUGGAUACAAAGAAGCUGAAAUGGAAAAAUCGGUGGGACAAAGGAGCGAACGCAGGGGGAAUCUGAAGGAGGAGUGACAUCACAAAGUUGUCAGCCGACGGGAAUAAGCGAAAGUGCUCCUUGACACGCACCCUCUCCUGUGGUUACUUUAGGGACCUGCCUAUCCAGUUCUGGUGUUUUGGAACGAAGUGAAGUUCCUGCAGGCUCAGAGCACCAGCACCUUUCUACAGCUGUGAGAAUGGAAACCACAACAACAAUACAUCCACCGUGUACAAAAAAAAAAAAAAAAAUUGCGUUGAAAGGAAAAGUAUAUUUUUUGCGCCGCCCCGCUCCCCCCCACCUUCUCCCUCCCCUCCCCCCCUCAACCCCCCGCCCGCCACUUGUUUUAUAAUUAUUCCUUUUUUGUUUUUGUGUUAUUUUGCAUUAAUUUGUGGUUUCCUAAAGGGGGCUGGAUGUAUUGUUGUUGGAGGGAGCGCAAGGAUGCAGAGGGACACACAAAAAAACGUGACGAUAACAUAGUUUUUAUGGACCAAGGAUCUUGUAUAAGCUUUAGUAAAGGUACAUUUUUCUCCAUACCUUUUUUGUAUUAAACAUAUAGUACACUUUUGUUACCAAAUAGUUUCUAUUCUUCCUCUGAGCUCGGGCUUUGUUUUCCCCUUUGAGGUCCAAAAUCCCAACCUGUAUGUUAUUGUGACCUUACUACAAACGCCUGCUUUUUUCAGUCUUUGGACUGAACUUUUUGUUUUGAUACUCUUUGCUUCUUCUGUUGGGGAAAUAUCUGAAGUCUGGGUUGUUAAUUUACAUAAGCGAAGGUUGUUUUGUUUUUGUUUUUUUUUUUUUGUUUUUUUUUUAAAUUGGGGAAUAACCUCAGAGGGCCUAUUUUUUAUCAUUGGUUUUUAUGAAGUCUUUAAAAAGAAAAGCUUUAAGCAACGCCUCUGCCUUGCCUGCAAUACUCUGUGUGCGCUAUGUCUCCUUUUGGUUUUGGAAAAGUAUACACAUCAGUACAUCUCACAUGGAGCCAUAGCAACAAUUGCUGAAUCCAUCAGAAACUAGACUUCCAUGGUUACAAAAAUAAGUCGGUUUGUCAUUUUCAAACUAAUGUAAUAAGCGUAGUCAUUGACUUAAAAGGAUAGCCUUAGUACUGUAUAAUAUUACUGUGUACACAGUCCAACCAAUCACAUAUCUAAUAUCCUGUAUCUGUUCUCAAGAUGUUGCUCUAUUGGUCACUGUUAACGUAUCAGAUAAUGUAGUGAAACUUUGUCAUUUUGCUCUCUAAACUGCACCUAGCAAGGUGUCUUCAAGUGUGUGCUGUAGUUCUGGUGGCAUUUAACUCCACAACCAAAACAAACAACAAAAAAAAAAAAAAAAAAAAACACAAAAAAAAAAAAAAAACGGACACUUUUCAAUUUGAUGUGGCCUUACUGAUAACUUCAAUUACAAAAAAAAAAAAAAAUAUUUCACCUUUUUUUUCUUAUCUGCUGUUUACUCACCUUGGAAGAAACUGUCCAUAGCACAAAAACAAGCUAUUGCCUCGCUUCUUAUCACAGGAGCUGUGCUGUUUGAGCUCGUGCCGCGGCUCCAGAACCACCUUCUCAUGCAAAAGCAGCCUUCUGGAGGAUCUCUUAGCCGUCAUGUUGGCGUCCAAGUACCAUAAACCCUUGUUUUUUUUUAUUCUCAUAGCGGUGCUCGGCACCUUUCCACUUUUGGUACAAUGUCUCACGAGCGCUGUAAGCUCUUUUCAGCCUUCUUUUUUUUUUAAAUCUCCUGUGGGGUUUUGUUUUUUUUUCUUUCUCUUUGCAGAAACAAGCGUGUGUUCAUUGUAAACUCACUGUCAAGAGUAGUUGCACUCAUCCGUGUUCAUGGCGACCGCGUCUCCUGUAGGAGCAUAAAGGCCUUCUAAAUGUUGAAGAUGUGCAUUUCCAAACAUAACAGCAAUAUUGUACAGGUCAUUUCUUAUCAUGUCAUCGUUUCUGUCCGCCUGAGCACUAGUUCACCAGCCAGCCAAUAUAUGUAUGAGUGUGAGUGCGUGUGUGUAUGUGUGUGUGUGUGUGUGUGUGUGUGUGUGUGUCCGUCAGUCAUAUGUAGUUGCUGUAAUGGAUUAUUGAGUCAGACUCACUCCAUUUCAAAGUGUGUUCCAACUGCUCUCCAAAAAAAACAAGAAAAAACUUGAGAUUCUUUUGGGUUUUUCUGUCUUCCACCAGGAUCCAAAUGUCUGAUAAUUGUGGAGAAACACUCAAAGGCAAUACUUGUGAUCUUAGUAUUACAGUGCAACUGUGUAUACGCUUCCGGGGGGGGGGAAAAAAAAAAAGAACAAUACUGUAACUUGAAUGUCUGCUUAAUGAAGUAUUUCAGAAUUUUCUUACAAACCCUUGAAAUAGGAACAAAAAAGGAUUCGCUUGCACCCCUUCGAUGUUUAAAAAAAAAGAAAAAAAAAAGAAUUAAGUUAUGCCCCCAUUUCGCCACCCUUGCCCACCUGUCCGUCAUUAAUGUUAAAUGUUUUAUAUUGUAAUAUUGAUAUUUUUUAAAUUAUUGGUACAAAGUCUCCCCUUGUCUUAUGUCAAAAAAAAAAAAGUGCAUUAUUGCCCGUGCUGCCUAGGUUGGCCUGGGAGUGUAUUUUUUAAAAACGAGGCCACUUCCUCUCUGUCCUGGAAUCGUCAAGGAGUUGGUGCUGCAGCGGUAGUGUAGCAAGCCGCAGGUCAACCUGAACCCUUUACUCUGCAGGAUGGAGGUCACAAAAUCUUAACUGUAGAUUUUUAACUUGAGUGUUUUUUCUAUGUCAACUAGCUCUAAAUUCUGAGAGUUUUUAACAUAGCCUCUGCAUUAGCAUCACCCUCCCCUCCCCUCCCAACAUCCCCCCUACCCACCCUCCGCUCCAGCUUGGAUAUUUUUAGGGGUUUUUUUUUUUUUUUUUUUGUUUACAUGUUGAGUCGUCUCUUUAGGCUUAACCACCCCUGGCUUCCUCUCUUCAUCUUUUCAUGCCCGUGCGAGUCUGGACAGAGCAGCUUUGUCACAUUCGCUCAAACUAAUAAAGGGGGUGAUGCAUGCUUUUUAAAAAAAAAUGUGUCGCCUUGACAAUCCGAGCUGGUUUACAGUUGAUCAUUUUUUUUCCUCUUAAAAACGUCUGCGGAGUUUUAAGAGAUAGGGAGAAUAACUUGAUAACACGCCUCACUCUUUACUGUCAAAAGGGGUCAAAAAAAAUGUUACAUGCCUUCUUAAACGCACGCUGUAUUAACUUGGCGACAAAGCUUUCAGAGAAAAAAAACGCCAUCUCAUUAGCAUUUGCAAUGCUUUUUUACAAAAUAUCCAUACUUAAAGGUGCAGUGUGUAGAAUUUAGUGGCAUCUAGUGGAACGGACUUGGCAGAAAUGCAAUAUAAUAUUCA